CGCUCCGCCCCAGGCCGGCGGGGAGGGCGGGAAGGAAGGCGGCGCCAGCCUGGGCGAAAGGCCCAUCCGGGAGCGGCGGCGCUGGCCCGGUUUCCCCUUUCCUGCCUCCCUUCCUUCCUCCCUCGCCCGCGAGUCCGUCGGCCCGACCCCGCCAUGGCACCCGCCGGCGACCGAGCCGGCUACUGGGACCCGCCGACCUCCACCCUCCAGUGGUGCGAGGAGAACUACGCCGUCUCCCAUUACAUCGCCGAGUUCUGGAAUACCAUCAGCAACCUGAUUUUCAUUCUACCUCCAAUCUACGGUGCAAUUCAGAGUUAUAAAGAUGGCCUUGAAAAACGGUACAUCGCUGCUUAUGUCUGCCUCACGGCUGUGGGUUUGGGAUCGUGGUGCUUUCACAUGACCCUGAAGUAUGAAAUGCAGCUGUUGGACGAGCUGCCCAUGAUAUAUAGUUGUUGCAUGUUUCUCUACUGCCUAUAUGAGUGCUUCAAGUACAAGAACACCGUCAAUUAUCCGCUGCUAUUUCUACUAGUGGCCUACAGCAUUAGCGUCACCAUAGUUUACCUAAACUGGAAACAGCCGCUGUUUCAUCAGAUUAUGUAUGGGACGCUGGUGACAGUGAUAGUUCUACGCUCUGUAUAUAUGGUGUUGUGGGUAUACCCCUGGCUUAGGGGUUUGGGCUAUACGUCUCUGACAUUAUUUUUAAUGGGAUUUUUUUUCUGGAACAUAGACAAUAUUUUCUGCGACAGUCUGAGAGGGCUGCGUAAACGGCUGCCUGCAGGAGUGGGCGCCCUGACUCAGUUCCACGCCUGGUGGCAUAUCUUGACAGGCCUCGGCUCCUAUCUGCAUAUAUUGUUCAGCUUGUACUCGAGGGAGGCAGCUUUACACAAGUAUCGGCUACAAGGUGAAGUUUCUCCUCGGGAUUUGGCCCGUCCUUUUAGUGGAGUCGCCCAAGAAGCAGUAAUGGAGACCUCUCCAUCUUGGCCAGAUGACACUUGGAUACAUCAGGAGGUUGCGCAGUCGUUUUGACAUACAUGUUCUCUUGGCGCUGUCAAGAACUCUUUUCUUCCCCUCUGUUUCUGGGACGACAGAGAACCGUGCGCAGCCAAGAGCCCAUGUGUCAAGGAAACCACAACGGGCGGGAGUCUUUCAUCGCGAAGGGUGGAAAAAAAAUCGGAGGGCAAUAUCUCUUGUGUCUUUGUGUGUCUGGAGAAGGUGCGCUCACGCGUGGUGCUGGUCUCAGCCAGUGGGCACCCUUCCUUUUGGAAUCAGGUGACUGAGGUUCUCGAUUGCUGGCUGGUUGAAAAGAACGUUGUUCCACUGAAUCAUGGAAAGCGACAGAAUCUUGGGAGUGCCAGCCGUCCCAUUUUGGUCGAUAAGAGAGACUUGGGUUUUCCAAGGGGCGUCUGUCUGUCUGUCUGUUAGUAGCUCUUAACUGUCUUUGUAACUUGGUUCCGCUACGCGCUCGAAGCCGGUCUCAGAGGGCAGCCAUCUUGCCCUGCUGUAGACAGCUAGAUUCGAAUCCAGGACCACCUUAGAAACCAACAGGUUAUCGCGGCUACGAGCUUUUGAGAGUCAAAGCUCUGACAUCGAACAAAAGGGGUUUUUUUUAACUCUUGAAAGCUCCUACCUUGAAUAUUUUGUUGGUUUCCGUGACCCUACUCGGACCCAAAUCUAGGUGCUCGAAACUGGUAUCUUUAGUAAUUUGGCACAGAUACAGGAGGAUCUUGCUAGUCCGUGGUUUUUGUUUUCUGUGGUUUUUGUUUUCUGUUCAGCACGUAGUUUGGUAAUUGGAGCCAAUUCUUGAUCUUUCCGAACCGGACACGUCCAUGUAACGUCCCCUGAAUUUUUUUAAAAAAAAAGUUUUUGAUUUUUAAAUUUCGGAAGCUACAGCCGUGUCACUCUGCAGUAGAAGAGCCAGAUUCGAAUCUAGCAGCACCUUUUAGACACCCACAAGAUUCUCCAGCUACGAAGCUUUCGAGGGUCAAAACUUCCUUCAAGGCGCGCUGUGCUGCAUCUGCCAAAGGGAGCGUUGACUCUCGAAAACUCGUCCCUUCGAAAAUCUGGCUGGUCUCCAAGGUGCUACUGGACUCAAAUCUGGUCUGAGAGAUUCUUUAAAUGCAAGGUGCUCGUCAAGGGUUUGCUGUACAGUUCGGUUCCGUAAGAGAACUGUUACCCUAAUCCAGCACUCAGUUUUCCACCUUGGCCCACCAGAUGUGUUUGUUCCACCCCAGAAGAUCACCGGACUAUAACAGGCCCCUGGUGACGAUCCUGUUUUGCCACCAUGGUGAAGAUCUAUCGAUAGAUCCCCUCUAGAUCUUAUCUAAUCCCCUGUUAAUACCUCUAUUCUCAUAGUUCAGCAGGACCAGCGGUUCAAACAGUGACUUGAGAAAUGCCAAAAAAUCUGUUUUCUUUGGAAGAAGAUGAGUCAGGUUCCUUUUGAACAAGAGUUGAUCUUUAUACCCUGCUUUUCUCAACCGUAAGGAGUCUCAAAGUGGCUUACAAAUGCCUUUCCUUCCUCUCCCCACAACAGACGCCUUUGUGAGGCAGGUGGGGCUGAGAGAAUUCUGAGAGAACUGUGACUAGCCCAAGGUCACCCAGCAGGCUUCAUGCAGAGGAGCAGGGAAUCAAACCCAGUUCUUUAGACUGGAGUCCGCCACUCUUAACUUCUAUGCUGUGUUUCUUUUGAAGCACAGGUGUCAAACUCGCAGCCCUCCAGAUAUUAUGGACCACAGUUCCCAUCAUCCCCAGCCAGCACGAUGCUGGCAGGGGAUGAUGGGAACUGUAGCCCAUAACAUCUGGAGGGCCGCAAGUUUGAUACCUAUGUUUUAAAGCCUCGCAGAGGAUUCCCAUUUGAUUUCACUAUGCUUCAGACUCCCAAGUCUUAAGCCAGCCUUGAACCCGCAUAUCAAAGGCAAAGACCCCAGAUUUGAUAGCAGCUGGAGCCACUCUGUAUGCAUCUCCCACAGAAAUGAACCUACAUUUGCCAUGUUUGGCUUCUGACGCGAGCUGUGGAAUCACACCUUCGUCCCGGGCCCUGAACAUUUAUUCACUCAGAAGUGACUGAGUGCCAACGCUCGCUUUAGUUUUCUUUCAACCAGUCUGACUGAUAUUUGUCUGCCCUUUUAGAGGAAUCUUCUUUAAAGACAGCUGCCCGGUUCUACAGUUCUUAAGUGUGAGGAACAACAUGGUAAUUAUACUUUACAAGUGGGAGGGGGAAUCCCUCCCCCCCUUCUUAGCUUGCUCCGCCCUGCUACUUGAUUACUUGCAUUAAGAUCAGGGUUUUACUAUUUGGGACUGUUAUUUGAACUGUGCUCCGCAAGGACGGCGUGAAUUGGCUUCCUCCAAAAUCCCUCUUGGUUUCCGUGCGCUGGGUCAAAGUCGGGCCUCGCUAACGUUCCGGGUGUUCUUUCCAGCUACGUUAGAUUUUAGUUACUUAAGAGAUAAUAACUGCCUAUAUUGCUUCUUGCAAUCUCCUGGGGACCUCCCUUCGAAAAAGAACUUCAAAUGAUGCAGCAAAUUGUAGGCAUUUGAGGAAUGCCAUAAGACAAGAUAAAUAAUUUUUAUAGAUACAUCGCUAUUUCAUCUUCGGUGUUCCUUCCAUAUAGUCCUGCAUGACUACGGAGAGAGCCCUUUGUCUCCUUUGACAUCCCCCUGUUUGUUUUUGUACUAGUUGGAAAGAGCCAAAAUCCUUUUGCCUGCCCCUAUGGGCCUCUCGUGAGCCUUUAUCUCGCUUUCGAAAUUAUGUUUACACGUUCAGGGAGUGAAGUGAGUCAUCGGCUCCCCGUCUGCCAAGUGAAGGGCUCUUGACUCGCCUCUCCUUCGUACCGCAAUCAGGAACGUUUCUAAAAUAUGGAUAAUGUGGUUAUCUUUGGUAUGCAGAGGAAGGGUUAGGUCAAUCGUAGAAGCACUGUCUGUGGUUUCUUGGAAUACCAAUAUUUGACUGGGGGGUUGGGGGGGGGGAGCAUCUUGCAGCUCUAGAAGCGGAUCUGCAUUUUUCCGACUAUGACAAGCCUUUUUUUUCCUUACUGCCGGGACACACGCAGCCUCCUGUAAGAUUUGUAGGCUCUAGGUUCGUUUGGAAGUAUAAAACUUCCCCUCCGUUUCCAGGAUUCGCACAGAGAGCCAGGGGCUUUGGGUUUUGCCGCCGCGAGGUAAUCUUUGCGGCACCUAAAGCGAUUAUUGAGAUCUGGGGUGCUGUGUGGUUUCUGGGCUGUAUGGCCGUGUUCUAGCAGCAUUAUCUCCCAACACAUGCCAGCUGGGUGACCUUUGGGCUAGUCACAGUUCUUUGGGGCUCUCUCGCAGGGUGUUUGUUGUGGGGGGUGGGAUAGGAGAUUGUAAGCCCCUUUGAGUCUCCUUAUAGGAGAGAAAGGGUGGAUAUAAAUCCAAACUCUUCUAUUUCUUCUUCUCUCUUCCUAUGUUCCCUCCAGCAUCUCACCCCUUUUCUCAAAGGUGAUGGGGUAUCGUAACAGUACCCCUAGGAACUCAUCUGAGUCACUGAUUUUCCCUCCAGGGGCAGUACAAUCUCCUGUCCAUCACCCCAACCACACAAUUCUGUCGGGUGCAGUGGCAGAGAGUUCCCCAGGCCAUCCUGUUCAGGUACAAUUUGGAACUCCGUAACCCCUUUUGAAUUACCCACAGCGGUAUGGAAGGGGGUGUGUGUGAGACUGGAACACGCGGAGAGGAUUCCAGAGUGUUGUCUCAGGAUAACAGCUCUCAGUGAGUCUUAAAUCGUACAUCGGUGCCAACUUGUCAUGACAGACCCAGCAAUAAUACUGGUAGCUAGGCCACGCCAGCCGUAGGAACGAAGUACAGAGUAUGUGGCUGCAGGGCAGUGGGUCAAAAGCUAUUUACAUCAUCUCAGCAACUUUCUUGGACCUAUUAGCCCCAAUCUGCAAGAUGGUAAAACAAUUUAAAAAAUGUACCUAUGUCGUUAGUCCCCUAGAAUUUGAAAGUCCUCUUUGCAGUAGUAACGUAUCAGUCGCUUUAAAUCUUGAUCAUCCUUCUAGUGAAGGAGAACCACGCGGGCAGUAACCAAUUAAAACUGAAAUCCUUCACUCGGACGAA